AUGUCCUCCCGCAUCCGCGUGCUGAUUCGAGACUACCCCCACCGCUCCAUUGCCCUCGCGACCGACUCGCAUGUGCUCGUCUUCCGCCACACACCCACCGCCGCCGACCGCGCUGCCAAUGGCCUCUACCCCGGCUCCGGCAACGUCUCGCAGACGUCCGUUUCCAGCGGCGGCGCUGCCGGCCAGCCGCCGCGCUGCAUGGUCGAGUUCUCCGACGUGCACUCGACCGACCUGAGUGACUACAGGAACUUCUCGGCCCAGCCCGUGCACGGCACCCUGGGCCUCAUCACCGUCAACAACGACGUCUUCCUCUGCGUCGUCAGCGCCGCCUCGCGCGCCGCCACCGUGCGCCCGGGCGAAACGGUGCAGAAGAUACUGGCCGUCGACUUCCACUGCCUCAACCGCACCGACUACGACCAUAUCCUGUACGAUGAGAUCAACCCCUACUCGACCGACACGGUGGACGAGGAAGGCUUCGAGCAGGGCUAUGGCCGGAGGGAACCCAUGCUCGAGCAUCCUUGCAUGGCCCUGAAGAAGCUGCUGAGCAGCGGCACCUUCUACUACAGCUCCGACUUUGACCUUACCCGCCGCAUGCAGGACCGCUCCUACGACGAGUCCACCGUGGUCCUCGACAGCCUGGAUGCCGGCUUUCUGUGGAACUCGUAUAUGAUCCAGCCGCUGGUGAACUUCCGCUCCCGUUUGUCGCACGCAGAGAAGGACGCGCUGGACGCCUCUGGCAUCCUGACCUCUGCGAUACGCGGCUUCGCCUCCACGUUCAACAUACCGGCAGCCUCGUCGCCAGCACGAACCAGCCGCACCGGCUUGCCGUCCACCAUGACGCUCAUAUCGAGGCUGUCGUGUAGAAGGGCCGGCACUCGUUUCAAUGCCAGAGGUAUGGACGAUGAUGGAAACGUCGCCAACUUCGUCGAGACCGAGACCGUAUUUUGGACCCCGGAUGGCGUGUGCUUCAGCUACGUUCAAGUCCGUGGCAGCGUUCCCAUUUUCUGGGAACAGCAGCCGGGCCUGCUCCCGGGACAGCAGAAGGUUUCCAUCACCCGUUCCCCAGAAGCCACCCAGCCGGCAUUUGACAAGCACAUGGAGAACCUGGAGCUUGCUUACGGUGCCGUCCAUGUCGUGAACCUCCUGAGCGCCGAGAAGUCGAGUGAGGUUGAAAUCAGUGACCGCUACCGCUACCACAUUCGAAACUGCUCGUUAAAUAACAACUCGGACAGCGGCGGCAACACCAGGGGCCAUGAGCUGUUGAAGUUGACAGAGUAUGACUUCCACGCCGAAACAAGAGGCCCAGCCGGCUACGAAGCGGCCAGCAUGAUCUCGCGCUACGUCCGUGAUUCUACUGAGGGCUUUGCCUACUAUUUGGGCGAGGAGAUGGAAGAGCGUCCCAAGACGGCCGAAGGCGAAGAUCAGAUCUACCGGCAAUCAACAACCGUACUCCAGCAGGAAGGCGUGUUUCGCACCAACUGUCUAGACUGUCUGGAUCGCACAAAUCUUGUGCAGACCAUCAUUAGCCGAAUGGCUGUCGAGGUCUUCUUGGGCGGUCGUGGUGAUCGCGCCACGGCUGAUUUCUGGAACCGACAUGGCACUUUGUGGGCCGAUAACGGUGAUGCUCUCUCCAAAAUUUACGCAGGCACGGGUGCUCUAAAAUCGUCCUUCACAAGAUCCGGGAAGAUGUCCCUGGCUGGCGCCAUUGCUGACGCCCGGAAAAGCGCACAACGCAUGUACAUCAAUAACUUUGCAGACAAAGGCCGCCAAAACACGAUAGAUAUGCUGCUGGGUCGGUUGAUGGGGCAAGCUCCCGUCCACCUGUUUGAUCCAAUUAAUGACUAUGUGACGAGUGAGCUGAGCAGAAGAGCAAGUGAGUUCUCUUCGGAAAAGCCCAUAUACAUAUGGGCGGGCACAUUCAACCUCAACGGUAAAACCGAAGGAAUCAACUCGGACCUCUCUCCCUGGUUAACGCCUCCGGUCGAGCCAUCACAGCGAUUUCCCGAAAUUGUUGCUGUUGGCUUUCAAGAGAUCGUGGAGCUUAGCCCCCAACAAAUCAUGUCAACGGACCCGGCCCGCAGACAACAGUGGGAAGCUGCCGUGAAGAGGACUCUGAACGACCACGCUCAGACGCACGGUCAGGAAGAGUACGUGUCCCUUCGAGGAGGACAGCUUGUUGGGGCAUCUCUGUCUGUCUUCGUCAGAGCUAGCAUCCUGAAAUACAUCAAAAACGUCGAGGGAAGUUUAAAGAAGACCGGUAUGUCCGGGAUAGCUGGGAACAAAGGAGCUGUGGCUAUUCGUAUGGAGUUCGCAAAUACGUCCAUAUGUUUCGUGACCGCACACCUGGCAGCCGGUUUCGCCAACUACGACGAACGCAACCGCGACUACAGGACCAUCAGUCACGGCCUUAGAUUCCAGAGAAAUCGGUCCAUCGAGGACCAUGACACUGUCAUUUGGCUCGGCGAUUUCAAUUACCGCGUUGGACUUAACAAUGAGAAAGUCAGGAAGCUCGUCGAGGUGGGCGACCUGGAGACGCUAUACGAAAAUGAUCAGCUCAACCUGCAGAUGGUCGCAGGCUUGACAUUCCCCUUCUACUCGGAAGCCAGGAUCACCUUCCCGCCAACUUACAAGUAUGAUGUUGGGACAGAUAUCUACGACACAUCGGAGAAGGCCCGCAUCCCGGCGUGGUGUGACCGCGUCCUGCGCAAAGGUGAUAACCUGAGACAAAUUAACUACAAUACCGCUCCUUUGAAGUUCUCGGAUCACCGUCCUGUAUACGCUACCUUCCUUUGCAUCAUCACCAUGAUCGAUGAGAAGAGAAAAGAACAGCUGAGCAGAGACCUCUAUCAGCAGCGUAAAGGUGUUGUCGGAGACUCAACUGCUGCCGGUCAUGCAGAUGAUUCAGAUGAAGAAGAUCUGCUCGGCUACGACUCGAUCGACCCUACGCUGCCACCGGCCAGUUCCGAUCGCCGCAAAUGGUGGCUUGACAAUGGACAGCCUGCCCAAUCCAUGCUCCACUCUCCGGGCGAGGACUUUGUCGUCAACCCCAACCGCCCGUCAAACCCCUGGGUACCUUCGGAAGAACCAGACUGGGUCAAGGUCGCGCCGCAAAGCAACAACGUCCAACGUCACCCCAGCGAUGCCCAGUCAACCACGAGUGUCCGCCGCAAGCUUCCGCCGCCGCUGGAACCUACCCGUGUGAGUAGCCCUGUGUCCUCGAUCAAGAGCAUGCCUGCAGGUCAGGUACCGGCAUUGCCUCCCCGGCGUGCGGCAACAGGUGGCCUCGACAGCGGAGCUGAUCGAGACCUGGUCGGCAUCAACCGUUCACCCUCCAGCGCCUCUACAGGCUCUUCCAACUCAAUCAAAAGGAAGCCUGCACCGCCCGUGCCGAAGAAGCCAUCUGUUCUCGCGAGUGCCACUUCGCCGAAAGCGGAGAAGAAGCAACAGCCUCCGCUACUUCCUCCGCCGCGAAGAGUCACGACCACCACCCAGCCAGUCAGCGCGAGCGUGGCGAACCAAGCGCACGCACCACCCUCUUUGCCACCGAGACGAGGAACUGGCACAUCGACAGGCAGCCAAGGCGGGCUGCUGGAUGGGGGAGACGAGGAAAUGCAGGGACUGAAGAGCUGGGAGGUGUUGCGACCAGGCUGA